AAUCACAGGAAUCUAAUGCAAACGAUGGUCCCCAGAAGAGGCUAUUACAAGGAACUGGCAGACAUUCGCCAUUCCAUCAUGGUAAUCGUUUCGACACUGAUCGCUUGUGCCUGUCUUGUGGGGGCCACCACUGGCAUCUUGGAAGAUGAAGCCAAGAACUUGCAGCCGUGUCCGUUCAAUUUGCUGUGCCGAUGCUCCAGAGGUGGGCCCGAAGUUGGAUUGAUUUAUUGCGAGGAUAUCCCAUUAGCUAACGUACCAACUGGCAUCAACAACACCAAAGCAUUUGCGCUCAAUCUUAGACGUAACGGACUACGUAGGGUGGAAGAAAAUAGUUUCCAUCGAACAGGCCUGUGGCGAAUUGACAUUCGCAACAACCACUUGUACAGCGUCCCCGAAAGGGCUUUCGCCGGUCUAGAACGUUCGCUUGGAGAACUGUUCUUACCGUUCAACCACUUGCAACGUGUGCCGCAGAAGGCUUUGCAGAAUUUGGAAAAACUGAAAGUACUGGACCUCGGUAGCAAUAUGAUCGUCGAAAUCAGCCGCGAAGAUUUCUCCGGAGUGGAAGAUUCGCUGCAGCAUUUGUCGCUAGCUGACAAUUACCUGGUUGCGCUACAAUUGGAGUCAUUCGUAGGCUUUCAGCGGCUCGAGCGUCUAGACUUACGAGGAAACAGCAUUCUUAACAUCUUGCCACUUAGCGGCAGUGGUUCCAUAAAGGUCUCACAUCUCAGCUUGGCUGACAACGCGCUGGAACAUAUCCCAUUCACCAGUCUGGCGCAAAUGCGAUCGCUCAAUACCGUCAAUCUCGCAAACAAUCGUAUUAGUACGACAUUUGACGUUUUCUUCCAAGGCCGCAUCUCCAUUGAUACGCUAAUUCUUGACAACAACAUGAUCGGAAACCUACCACCCUUUGCAUUUCAAAAUUUUAAUCUCAUUAAUAAGACGUCCUUAAAUGGAAAUGCCAUACGAGAGAUCGCUGAAGACGCUUUCAAGGAUGCGAAAAUCAGAGAUUUAAGCCUUAGCGAGUGCUCUGUAACUCAUCUCGAUUCGAAAUCUUUUCGUGGUUUAGAAUCUUCGCUGCAACGCUUGGAUUUAAGUUACAAUAACUUAAGCACGCUGCCUGAAAACUUACUCGACAAAUUUGACUUCCUGAAAGCACUGAUACUGAAUGAUAAUUCGCUAGCAUUCAAAGCUGAUGCUGAUCUUAGCGGAUUCCGCUAUGCAUUGCAAACCAUAAACUUAGUUGGAGAAAAAAUGGGCCAAAUACCUGUAAAGCAAAUGAACGACAUCCGCAACUUACGGUCACUGGGUUUGAGUUCACUGGACGAAAAGAUUUCUACAAGUGAUUUCGAAGGCUACGGAGCUGCAUUGGAGCAUUUGAGUUUGUCAAAAAACAAACUGAAAACUGUUUCGUCCAACUCUUUUCGUCACGUACCGGGGCUCAAAAGUUUAGAUCUGUCCGAUAAUCGUAUUUCGCAGAUAGAAGCAGACGCUUUUGCUGAUGUCGGUACAUCUCUGAUCCACCUUUCCAUGGCGAACGGCAUUGGAGUCGGAAGUUUACCUUCAGAACCAUUCAAGAAACUAGUCUCACUUCAGUCGAUCGAUCUAAGCAACAACAAGAUUAGCAGUGUGCCUGCCGAUUUUUUUCACUCAAUGAAAGAAAUUCGCUCCAUCAAUCUGCAGGAUAACUCGAUCGAGAAAAUACCCCAGCAUAUGUUCAACAACGACCACACACCAAACUUGGUCAAUGUGUCGUUAAGUUUUAACUUCGUUACUGCCAUUGAAGCGCAAACAUUUUCUGACUUGUCACAUCUGAAAAUUUUAAAUCUGGAAGAGAACAAAAUCACGCGCAUUGCCAAAGGGGCAUUCCAAAACAUUGAAAAUUUGGAAUACAUCUCACUUGAUGGAAAUAUGAUCAGUACCAUUGAAUCGGAAGCUUUUCAUAAUUUGCCUAAACUGGAGAGUCUCAAUCUUGGCCACAACAGCCUUGAAAAAUUGUCAUUUGAUUGGCUGGAUCAGGUUGGUACGCUAUCGGCAAUCAAGCUUGAUGUCAGUCACAACCUUAUCCAACAACUCUCUUCCAACCGAACGGGAUGGUCGUCAUAUUCUAGUAUCCGUUCCUUGGACUUGGGCUAUAACAACAUUUCAUUCAUCUCUCGUAACUACUUCGAGCCUAUCCGUAGCUCGUUGACUCACUUAGUCCUUCAUCACAAUCAACUUCGAAACAUUUCCAGAGAUGUAUACAGUGACAUGCAACAUUUACUUUGGUUAGAUAUUUCAAACAACAAUAUUCAGCUGGUUGAUUCAGACGCGUUUGCUAAUGCCAAGAGUCUUCAAGUUCUCUUGCUUGACCACAACGACAUCAGUGAAAUAUAUCAAGACAUGCUGAGUCGUUCGUCAACUCUUCGUGUUAUCAAUAUUUCGCACAACCGGCUCCGAUUUCUGCCUGACACUUUGUUUAAGGAUACCCAGCUGGAAAUCCUCGAUGUCUCCCACAACCAGAUAAGCAAAAUUCCUGACGGCUGCCUUAGUCGCAUUGCCACCACUCUCAGGCAUCUGGAUGCUUCUCACAAUGAAAUAACGUCCAUCACGCCUGAUCAGUUGAAAAAACUGACCGACCUAGUGUACUUGGAUCUUUCCAACAAUGCAAUUUCGACGCUGACGGAGAAAACCUUUUCUUCACUGAACCGGUUAACUCAUUUGGAUUUGAGUAGCAAUCCCAUUCAUACAGUGGCCGACCAUAUCUUCGACAAUCUGCUCCAGUCGUUGGUUCACCUCAAUUUGGCCGAAAUAGGUAGUGUCGAUCUCGGUGAUUUCCAUCUUCCCGAACUGCUAUCGCUUAACAUAUCAUACAAUACGGUUGAAAAUUUGCCAUCGGAUUUCUUUACCCGCUACGCUAAUUUGAAGGAAUUCGACAUCAGCUAUUGCCAGCUUACAGUUCUGCCAGAAUCACCGUGGUCCACAGCUUCCAAACUACGGUCACUUCGUCUGAACGGUAACAAUUUAACGGCUCUGGCAAACGGAACGCUAGCCAGCAUGAAAAGUUUGGAAUACUUAAACAUUCAAAAUCUUCCUCUACAAACAUUCGAGGAAGGAAGCUUGUUCCAGAUGACCAAUCUGCGGCAUUUGGCAAUUGGAACUUAUGAAAGGGUUAAAGGAUUGGACAUUCCAAAACUGUUGGACUUCAACCAUGUUAUCAAACAUCUGGAAGUUGAUGUGGAAGCUGCAACCUUAGAUAGUCAGUUGAAAGGAAAGUUACCGUUUAAAAUAGGCAACAUUACCAUUAGUGGCAACAAAUUAAAGAGCAUUACAAGCAACGCCUUUAAGGAUUUCCAAGGCAAGGCGCUGACUCUUACUUUGCAAGACAACGGCGUAACUGAAUUGACUAAGGCACUUUUUCAGAAUCUUGGAAAUGUCCGUUGGCUUCAGCUCGAGUUACGACAUAACAAAUUAUCUACAAUGGCAGAGCCAUCAACAACAAUUCAUCCAGGUACCAGCGGUUCCGUUUUUCUCACUCAACUUCAGUUGGCGGAUAACCCUUGGAAUUGCGACUGCAGCGUUGGGUGGGUUGAGUUCUGGAUGCGCAGGUGGCGCCAACAAAUGUGUAAAGAUCGAUGCAACAACUAUCAAUCAGUAAUGAGAGAUCUACGUGCAGCAAGUUGUCGCAACAAGGCCAACAAACCCUUCAUGUCAGUAUUAAAAACAGAGCUGGAAUGUGGCUGGUCAUCUUCCAAUGGUUUAGUAAGCACUUGGUAUCAAUGGACUCUUAUUGUUGGCUUUGGCAUGGCCUUCGUUCAACAGCUGAAAUCAUUUUAACAUAGAAAAUGCCUCUGCGUCUUGCGUUCAGUUCCACAUCAAAAUAAAACCAAACAAUGAGCUCUUCCUGCCAAAAUUAUCUGUUCAGCAAAAUCGCGGAAGAUACUACUUCACGUUUAGUAUGUCUUAUUGUCUGGCAUUAGAGCAAUACUAUUUUUUUUUUCCAUCAAGUUUUCCUUUCUCUUAAAGGCUAUAGGGAAUUGCAAUUCCUCAAGUCUUUCGCAAACUCUGUUUUUGAGUCUCCAUAGUAACCUGUAUGAAAUAUAUCUCGUAACUUAAAAUUUCCUAUCAGAUCCGUAUAAUUCGCAGGAAGGUUUUGAAUUCUUAACAAAGCUAUCUAAUUAUGGGCCUAAAGCCUCAUUUAGGGUUUUUUUAUGAAACAAUUUUUCCUUGAUCAAUUUGUAUUUUGUUAUAUCCCGUUGUUUAAGAUUGUUUUGUAUGCCGAGUACUACGACAGGUUUUAACGAAAAAAAAAAUCAGUUAAGUGUAUGAAGACUCAUAAGCAAAAACGAGGACUGCGUCCUCAGUGAGAUGGAAAUAGUUAUUCUUAUUAUGUUACAAGAAAGCCUUCAAAAUUUUUUUCCCCACUUAACUAUAAAUUAUGUCUUAAUUUGAUUUACCUUAGUCCUGCAAUAAUACAAAAU